CGUCAUUUUGGCGCGAUACCCGAGGAACCAACCAAAGCCGUUCGCCAUUUACUCCGCUGUGGACUUCGGUCGUCAGUCCCACUCCCCUGCCAAAUCUCUCACCAAUGUCUCCUCCAAUCCCGUCCGAUUCGGGAGUUCCGGCCACCACGGAGAUGGAGGACGCGGCGGCUGGAGGCGGCGACGGCGCAGUGACCAUGCCGCCGCCGGCGCCCACCUGCCCCGUUUGUAUGGAGCCUUGGACCUGCAACGGCGACCACCGCAUCUGUUGCAUUCCUUGCGGACAUGUGUAUGGCAGGUCGUGCCUAGUGAAAUGGCUGGAUCGUUGCGGCGAUGACACUGCGAAGUGCCCUCAGUGCGGUGAACAAUUUGAAGACAAGCUUAUUAUAAACCUCUACGCACCAGGAAAUCUGUGGGACGGUUGCUGCCGCUUAGAGGAAUUAAAAGCCCAUUACAAGUCUAAGAUUCAUGAGAUGAAUAGACAUUGGGAAACUGCGAUGGCUGAGUACAUGGAAAAAUCUCUAUCCGAUACUAAGAAGUUGAGGGCAGAUUUGGUCAGACAAUGUACAGAACUGAAGGAACAAACUUCUAAGGAGAUUGCAGAAUUUCAUGACAAGACAAGGGUAGAAAUAGAGUCUUUGCAUGGUCAGGUGUUGCAAAUGGUAGAUCAGAUAGUGAGAAUGUGGAACGAACAAAACACAACGGCUAACGCUAAUUUGGCGACAAUGAAGGAGCAGAUGAAGAAGAUGGCUGAAGAAGAGAAUGCAACGGCAACGGAACUGAUAGAUUUCGUUGAGCGGAGUUCCCCUCGACUGUCACUGUUUUCCAACCCGCAUGCUCCUGCAUCUGCCUUUGCUCCUGGUCCCCUGGAUUCUCAGAACAACACAGGGUGGCGCAGGAGUCACUCUGAUCAACUGCCACCAAUUCCAGUACUGGCUUGUCCUACUGAUGCUGCGAAGGGGCCACACGGAGGGACCUGAUAUGCAUACUGAUAGAAUCCGUGGAGCAGACAUGGCCAUCCACUCUGAUCCAAUUCCUGAACUUGCCGAUGCUGAUGGAUGGUUAUAGCUCUUUAUCUUCUCCUGCGUAUUGUACUCUAGAUCUAAUUGUUGCUGCUGGCUUGUUCAUCUCUUCUCAUUGUCAACAUCACUAAUCAUGUGGAACUCAAUGCAGUAGGUUCACUACUUAUAAUGAAUAUGCGUCUCACCCUAUCAAACCUAUAUUUUACCGA